AUGCUGGAUCCCGCCGCGGCGCCCACAGGGAUGAGCGAUGGAGGCGCCGAGCCCGGCAGGAGCCCCGUGCUGCGGGGGGAGCCCGGAGCCGCCGCCGCCGCGCCCGGCCGCACCGAGCCCGGCAGCUGCAAGGAGGCGGCGGGCGGCUCGGCGCCCAGCGCCGGCUCCUCCACGCAGUGCGCCGCGCACAGCCCGAGCCCGGCGGGGGCCGGCGAGGCCGAUUACUGCCGCCGCAUCCUGGUGCGAGAUGCCAAAGGGACCAUUCGGGAGAUUGUGCUGCCCAAGGGCCUGGACCUGGACCGGCCCAAGCGCACGCGGACCUCCUUCACGGCGGAGCAGCUCUACCGCCUGGAGCUGGAGUUCCAGCGCUGCCAGUACGUCGUGGGCAGGGAGAGGACGGAGCUAGCGCGGCAGCUCAACCUCUCCGAAACGCAGGUCAAGGUCUGGUUCCAGAACCGGCGCACCAAGCAGAAGAAGGACCAGAGCAGGGACUCCGAGAAACGCUCCGGUUCCACCUCUGAAUCCUUCGCCACCUGCAACAUCCUGCGGCUCCUGGAGCAAGGCAGACUCUUAUCUGUCCCGGCCCCCCCCGCCCUCCUCUCCCCGGGCACCAAUCCCGCCGGGAGUGCCGACGGAGCAGCCUUGGCGGGCAGCACGUCACCCGCGCUCGGCGGCGGCAGCAGCGGCAGCCCCCCGGGCACCGGAGCCUUCGGCCUCCCGCUGGCGCCCUCCUCCUCCUCCUCGCCGCGGCUGCCCGCCGCGCCGCUCUGCUUCGGGGCGCCGCUGCUGGGCGCCCUGCACGAGCUGCCGAGCGCCUACGGACUGGGCAGCUCCGCGUUUGAGCCUUACACGCGCCUGGAGCGGAAAGACACUUCUCUACCCAGCAAGAAGCCAAGUCCUUAAGGGAUAAGAAGGAGAAGAGUAUUCAUUAAUUAAUAAUAUUAUUAAUAAUAAGAAUAAAGACGAGGAAAAUGAGUGUCAAAAGAGCUCCUGUCCCCGCUGCCAUCCCCCACACUUGUCCUGCCCCUCACUGGGGCUUCCUCUUGCCAGACCAGUCUUGGGGGCUGUAG